AACUCUUCCCACCCCUGGCCUCAUCUCUUUUGGAACUUGUUUGUUUCUUUUCUGACUGCCCUGCCUACUGUAUGUAAUUGUGUACAAUUGGCAGUCCUGCCUGGUUGGCAUUUGCGAGACUGGUAUAGAAAAUGAUGGUAAUCUUUUUGUCCUAAUUGACAGAACGAUGGAGCAGUGUUUCCACAUGUGUGACCGAAUUGUUAUCUACUUCUUCAUUGCAUCAUCUUAUGCACCAUGCCUUGGUGCCCCAGACCAUUGAAGGUGAAAUUUAGACGGUGCCAGUUCCAGAGGGCUUUCCUAAUGCUGCAUGCAUAUAAAGAAAGUAAAGGGCUUGGCUGUGAUGAUCUCCACAGCUGACACAACUUAUGAUCACAAAGAUCAAUCGUUAAGGUUAAAUCUCCGUGAGCUUGGGCCCUUGGCAUCUCACAUGCGCUGGUUCAUUUGGAUCAUGGCCGCUGCUGGAACCAUCUACGUCUUUUUAUACCAUGAACAGUAUAAGAUUAUUGAGCUGCUAUUUUACUUGACAAUGGGAUUUUCACCAGCUGUGGUGGUUGCAUCUAUGCCAAACACCGAUGGAAUCCAGGAGCUGGUAUGGGGUGGCAUGCUGUACUGCCUGGGAGUGGUAUUCUUCAAAAGUGAUGGGAUAAUUCCUUUUGCCCAUGCAAUCUGGCACAUCUUUGUGGCUCUGGCUGCAGCAGUACAUUAUUAUGCGAUCUGGAAAUAUUUGUAUCGGAGUUCUGCAAUACCUACGUGGAAGGACUUCUAACAUUCAGACCAGCACUGUCGGUUGCUGUUAGUUUGUGUUAAUCAGUUUAUUUGAACAAUAUAUUAACACACAGGAACAGAUUGCAGAAGAUGGAUGAGAGGUACCGAGAGCCACGUUCCAAUGACCCCCGCCCCCCAACUGUGAAUAAGCAGUGUCAGUCACAAGGGGAAGACGGAUGUGAAAUCCUAACAGAUCCUCAGGGUGCUGCUGCCCACUUUUUUUUUUAAAACUUUUUUUUUUCCUGAGGUCACAGGUUUUAACCUCCAAUUCUCUUUCUUCCUGCUGUCUUAACCAUCUGGGCUAUUCUGCAUAAUUUCAAGAGCUUCAUUUUGACUCGAUAGCAUUGAAGUGAUCUCCAGCAUUUGACUGUACUUUGGUUUUUGUGAUUGGAAGAUAUGUGAGGAUGAAAGGAUUCGGCUAAGGAAGAAAUCGGCACCUUUUGUAAAGUGACUUGAAGCCUUGUAGGCACCCUAUAGUUUGACAUGAACACCCACAGCAAUCUGAACUGAUACAUUCCAUUGGGUGGCAUUUUAUACCUCAGCUUUGAUUGCCAAAUUUUCAACUUACUCAGUGAUCCUGGGUGGUGCUCUGGUUGGACCGGUACUUUCCUUUCACAUUUACCAGUAAAGAAUUUAAUUAAGUUACUGUAUUUCUGUGUAGCAAUGCCUUGAGUGCUGUCACAGGAGGCUAAUGAACAGAACCUGUUGUACGUACUCUGUCAUCUUGCAUAGAGAGUGCAUGGCCAUAUCCCAACAGUAUUGUUAGUCUGGCUGUGAUUAUUUCAGCAAUGUACUGAUGGUGAGGAAUGCAACAAAAAAAGCAGCAUGUUUUCUUGGCCAUUGCUACAGCAGCCAGCAAACCCCAUCUCUUGUUGAUAAAUGUUUGGGCAUACUUUUCCAAAUCGUGGCUGAUCAGAUGGUCAGUUCCCUGAAUCUGAGAGAUUACCUCAUUUUACCUCAUUCUUGUAAACGAGCAGCUAUUGUUCCCUCUGUCAAAUUCUCCACAGUUGUCAGCUUUUUUGCAUUCUCUUAUGAUGUUAAAUUGGCCAUUCCAGCAUCUGUUGUAGCUCCUAUUACUCUGUGACUAUGACCACCAUCUUAAGACUGUGAAUUAAACUUAAUAAACGGUUUACAUUUUGUCAAGACUUUACCCUACAUGUACAAAUGCUUAUUUUGUAUGCAGCCAAUUCUUACAAAAUGGCCCUGCGAGUCUCUUCCCUCCACCUGCUUGCUCUAGAUGUACAAACACACAUAGAUGUAGGUUUUUAGCUAGGUCAUGGUUCACACCAUGAGGAAAGGGCAGAUGACUAAUUCAAAUCUUCCUAUGACAGCUACUGUAUAAAAGGAACGAAACACUACUCAUUUACUCUGGGAGUGUGAUGGAAACUUUAUUCAAUAUCCACACAGCCAUUGAUUGUUGUCCGUGCAGGGUAAACGGUUAACUUGGUGCUAGCAACCAGUGGCAGUGAACCUGAUUGUGUUUCUGUUACUAUACUCAACAGUUGAAUUAAAUACCUCAGUGGUAAUGUUUAGAUUUUAAAGGUGCUUUUAAGUCAAACAAAACAGAAAUCCAGGUGACAUUUUUGGUAAACUCUUCGUUAAGCUCAGAUCCUCUGCAACUUGUGGGUAUCAGUAUGUCAGGUUGGAAAUAGGGAAUGUUUGGAAGAUGAUGUGCCAGUUUACACUUGUUUCCAGAGCAGGUCAUAUACAGGUUGGGAGACAAUGGCUUGGUGUUUGUCACCAUGUGCUCCUCUUUGUUCCAGGAAAUCUUGCUUACAAAAUAAACAUUAGUAACAGUACCAACUGGGUAAAAGGUGAUUGAGCACAGCUACCAUGUUACUGCAAGGAGUAGAUCACCACAGCUUCUCCUGCUCUUGGUAACCGGUUUGUCUCUGUGUAAGAUACAUGCACAAUAACAGAUGGACCAGACUGGACAAUAUAUAGCUUUUACUCAGCAUUUGCUAUAUGUAUACAAAAGCUGUCCCUGAGAUAUGCACCAGUCGCAUGAGAGAAGAAUCUCCUCUCACUCAACUUGUGCUGCCCAUUUCUGUGUCAGCAGUUUGAAUCAUCAAGACCGGAACUUGUUCCUCUGGUGUUUCUAGGCUAAGGUUUACACUGCAACUGUUUGCGAUAUAGGGAAGUCGGUUUUAUUAUCAGAGAAAGGGAGGGUCACUAAUAAGUUAUGGUGCUUGUGAAAUGAAAUGAAUUGUGUUGCAUUAACAAGGUUUGCAUCUGUACAUAUUUAUCUUGUGAAUCUCUGUGGAUUGUGAUGGUUUGGGGGUUUAAAUUGAUGCAUGUCAAGUUUUGUAGCCAGGGUACCGACAGCUUUUAAUAUUUCUGAUCCAGAUGCUGUAUUCUCAAGUGUGAAACCUUUUAUUGUGUUUACAAGCAACAAUUGCUGCUCCUACUGUUUGUCCCUAGCAUGCAAACUGUCUGUGCUACCUAAAACCACCUUCACCCCUAUUCUAGGGAAUGGUUGCAAAUCAUUUUUACACUUGUGCAGGUACUGGACCUUUUGCACUUUUGAGCCUUUACACUUUGUCAAGAAUGUUGUUUUUUGUAACUAGCUUAAAUGUUGCUGAAUCUGGGGAGUCAGGAUUGGGCACAGCUCAUCAACACUAAUGUUGAUAAGAGAGAAGCCACCCACCCCCCUCCCCUUUCCUGGUCACUCCCAGUGGUGGAUUUCCAGACCAAUAUGCAACUUGCUUUUAAUUAGUUUCUGGUUGAUCUGUUUCCCUUUUUCUCCUAAUAGAUUGAGGCAUUACUUAACCCCAGCAGUUCGGGAAAAUAUGACAUGGAUAAUGGGUCUUGUCAGAGUUUAAACAUAUUUUUUGAUACAGUGCAGGUUAAGCAUACCUAGAAUGGGGCCAUGCCAGGAGCUCUGGGUAGUUGAGGCAGCUGAUUCAGACAAGUUUUCCCAUUGAAUGGUGCCUGAGGCUUUUCCACCUCAUUUCAGGCUGCUUUUCCUUCUUGAAUCCCCUGUCUUCCCACCGGCUGAGUGCCUGCUUCAUCUUGAACAAUUUUAAGAGGAGCUUGCAGUUCCAAGUCAGUUGUCUUCCAGAAAAUAGAACUCCAUCUUUACUUCUGGAGGAGCCUAUAACAGAGCUGCUGACCUGGGACAGCUGAUGUGUAGAGUUACAGUAGCUUGGAUCUUGACAAAGUCUGAGGAGUUGGAGGGACUAAUUUCUCUGUACCAGUCAAGCUCUCCAGCAGUCUCACGGUCUCCAGUGUUUCCUGGCAUAGGCUACACUGCCCCUGACUCUUGAGGUAGUGUGACCUGGGGAAUUCUGAGCCCAAAUUACCCACUGGAUCAACAAUUUAACAUGUCUCCUCAAUGGUUAAUAGGACACUCUGGUAGAGGGUGUGAAUCCUUGUUUCACUGCUGCUGAGCAUUUUAAAAUUUCUAUUGAGGCUCAAUCUCAUUUCAAAUAUUUGAUCCAUUGAAAUAGAUUCCAAGUACUGUUUGAAAAAUAAAUUCAAAUUUAGAGUCUGCAUUUGAUGUGACAGGAAAUAUAAUAUUGAGCUUUUUGCUGGGAGUGUGCUGUAUAUUUUCUGCGUGACUGUGUACUCUGUAUCUGAAUGAACCAGAUUGCAGCUAAAUAAAGGAUGCAUUUUGUUUA